AUGGAGGCCACAAUCAACCAUCUGGACAACCAUCAUGCCCAAAGCAACAGCUCAACGCAUAUGGGUAGAGACAAUUAUGAGCUUUCGAGAGGCUACAUCCUGGCGUCAACAAUCAUUGCAAUCCUAUUUGCACUCUUUUCAUACUUCAAGAAAUCAUCCAAACGCACUCCUCUACCAUGGGUAAAUCAACCUGGGCCUUUCGAUAUUUUUCGAAUGAAGGCCAAAUACAGGUUUCUCAUGGGAGCUAGAGACAUGGUUCUUCAGGGAUUUGCGGACUUCCCUGACAGCGCCGGCUUCCGGAUGGUUGCUGACGGUGGUGAAAUCGUGAUGCUCGCGCCAAAAUAUGCGGCCGAGCUGAAAAACGACCAUAGAGUCGACUUUGUGAAGCUGUUUCUACAGGACUUCCACGAGGGGAUACCGGGCUUUGACUUUACCCAACAAGGUGCUCGGGACGCGAAGAUACUGCGAGAAGUAACUAAAAGCCAAUUAACGCAUCAUUUGAGCAAGAUCACCGACUCACUAUCGACCGAAUGCACGGCCUCUAUGCAAAGAAUAUUCACAGACAAUGAAGAAUACCACGAUGUCGAGCUUAGAUCUUCGCUUCUAGAUCUGAUUUCACGGAUAUCGUCCAAGGCUUUUCUCGGUGGCGAUCCAUUGUAUCAAAAUGAGGAUUGGCUCAAAAUCACCACUACGUACGCUGGAACGGUCAAUCGUGCAGCGGUGAUGCUCCGACUAUGGCCACGCGCACUUCGUCCUUUGGUGCACUGGGUGCUUCCGUCUUGUCGCGAAGCGCGCACUCAGGUCCGCCUGGCUCGCCGAUUAUUCGAGCCAAUGGUUGAGCGAAGACGUCGAGCCAAGGCAGAAGACCCGAACGUCGUGUUUGAUGACACUGUCGAGUGGGCCGAAAAGGCUGCGAAAGGCAUGCCCUAUGAUGCAUCUGCUGUUCAACUUUUGUUUUCCAUGGCCGCUAUGCACACCACCACAGACCUCCUUACUCAAGUUAUUCUCGAUCUUGCAGCUCAUCCCGAGAUGCUAGAUCCUCUGCGUAAAGAGAUUGAGACAGUGCUCAGCGAAGAGGGUGGAUGGACCAAGGCAGCACUACACAGGAUGAAGCUCCUCGAUAGUGUGUUGAAGGAGUGCCAGAGAAUGAAACCAGCGGCCAUUAGCGGCCUCCGGGGAAUCCUGAACACGGACGUUACGCUAUCUGAUGGACUCCGUCUUGCCGAGGGUUCGUCCAUCGCUGUAUCGUCCCAUCUGCACUGGGAUGAGAAGAUCUACAAAGACCCGCUCAAAUGGGAUGGCUGGCGUUUCUACAAUCUACGCCAGGUGCCCGGAAUGGAGCACCGGUCUCAGCUAGUCUCAUCGACCUCCCCCGACCACAUGGGCUUCGGCAUUGGAACGCACGCAUGCCCUGGCCGUUUCUUUGGGGCGCAUGAGGUGAAGGUUGCUCUGUGCCAUUUUGUCUUGAACUACGACUGGAAGCUCAGUGAAGGCACCGUGCCACAGACGCGAACCUUCAUGUGGUCGCUUGUAGCUGACCCAAAGGCAAAGAUCUCCAUUCGGAGAAGACGCCAUUAG